GCACUAGACCAACCACUCACCGGGCAAACAAGUAUUGGUGCCAGAGCCUGCUGUGGGUUCCAAGGCUGCUUUUGCAGAGACAGGACCAUGCACCGGCCCCGGGUCGCCGUGGUGGGGGCCGGCGUGGUGGGGCUCUCCACCGCCCUGUGCCUUUCCCAGCUGGGCCCACCGUGUACCGUCAUGGUCGUCGCAGACAAGGUCACUCCUCACACCACCAGCGACGUGGCAGCCGGGAUGCUCAUUCCUCACACGUAUCCAGACAUACCCAUUCCCAAGCAGAAGCAGUGGUUUAGAGAGACCUUUGAUCAUCUAUUUGCAAUUGCCAAUUCUGCAGAAGCUGAAGAUGCUGGUGUUCAUCUGGUAUCUGGUUGGCAGAUAUUUCGGAGUGUUCCUACUGAGGAAGUGCCAUUCUGGGCCGAUGUGGUUCUGGGGUUUCGAAGAAUGACCGAGGCUGAACUGAAGAAAUUCCCCCAGCAUGUGUUCGGUUACACUUUCACGACUCUGAAGUGUGAAAGCUCUACCUACCUCUCAUGGUUGGAGAAGAGGUUAAGAGCAAGCGGGGUCCCGAUCGUCAGCCGGCGCCUGGGAGACCUGUGGGAGCUGCACCCCGCCUUCGACGUCGUGGUCAACUGCUCGGGCCUGGGCAGCCGGCGGCUUGCGGGCGACGCCGAGGUCCUCCCGGUGCGCGGCCAGGUGCUGCGCGUGCGCGCCCCGUGGCUGAAGCAUUUCGUCCGGGAGGGGGCCGGGCUCACCUACGUCUACCCGGGCGCCUCCGACGUGGUGCUGGGCGGAACGAGGCAGGAGGGGGACUGGAACCUGUCCCCCGAUGCCGAGACCAGCAGGGACAUCUUUUCCCGUUGCUGCGCCCUGGAGCCGUCGCUGCGCGGAGCGGCCGGGCUGCGGGAGCAGGUGGGCCUGCGGCCGGGCGGGCGCGGGGUGCGGCUGCAGGCGGAGCGGGUGCGCGGCGCGGCGGGGACGCUGCGGGUGGUCCACCACUACGGCCACCGCGGCGGCGGCGUCGCGGUGCACUGGGGCGCCGCCCUGGAGGCCGCGCGGCUGGCCCGCAGCUGCAAUUUGGGUGGGGAGCGCUGUGGAGUAGAAGGUGGAAGCGUCUGGGACAUCCACACGUAUCGGGGCUCUGCUGGAGUUGGAAGUGCCUGUCGACAGAGGUGUGGUGUGCAGAGCGUGGACACGUCGAAGGUACAUUUUGCUGAGGGUGGGUCGCACCUUCUCCUGUUAGGGCUAAUGGAAGAGGAGAUGCUCAUAUGCAGAGAUGUGAAGGAGGAGGACAAAAUCAAGAUUAUCUUGAGAGUUCAUCGGCUUUUAAGGGUUUCAAGGAAAAGACACUUUAGACACUUGGCUAUCCUACAGCAGUGCUCUGAGGCUAUUCCCAGUGCCUUCUGUGAGGCUGCAGCCAAAGCAAGAGGAUUUAUCCUGAAGCAAUUAUGCUGCACCAUCACCUAA